UUAGGAGUCUCUUCUAAAAAAUUUGAAAGGCGUCCUUUUUUCAAUAUGAAUACAAAUUUAAUUUAUUGAAAAUAUGCUUUCGACGGCGCAAGACAAAAAAGGGCUUUACCUUGCUUCUUCCCUUUGUGAUGGAGUGGAGGAUAAUAACAUUAGACAGGUGACGACACUUCUCGAUAGUAAAGAAGCUGAUCCGAACGUUAUAAUUCCAAUUUAUGGAAUUUCUCCCUUUCAUUUGGCGAUUGGAAAUUCUUCUGAAUGCUUCGCUGAAGAUAUUACCAAAUUGUUUCUGCGACAUGGUGGAAAUCCAAAUAUAAGAUCGGACGAAGGAUUAACUCCAGUUCAUAUUGCUGCUGCCUGGGGUCGAUGCAAAGUACUCGAGCUGCUUCUGGCAAAUGGCGGAGAUCCUUUGCUACUCGAUAAUGAAGGAUACAGUCCAUUUCACUUUGCCUUCGAUGGACUCCAUUAUGAAGCAAUUAAAACACUUCGCAAAUAUUGUGGAUAUCCUGUCGAUGAAGAUGAAGAGAUCAAAUAUUAUAUAGCCCUCGAGAAGCUCUUCAUCAACAACAAAAACCUAGUUGCCGAAUAUGUAGUCUCGGACGAAAAAUCAACAGAAACUUUGAACAUUUCGCCGGAGAAUCUUCUGGAAAUGAAUAUUAAAUCAAGUGAUGGUUCGAGUACUUCAGGCGCUCAAAUCCAUCUUAAUGACAAUUUCGUGACUCGCAGGAGAAAGCAGAAAGUCCGGAAACAAGAGCAUGAAAAUGACAAUACACCAGAGACAACGAAUACCCACUUGGGUGAAAAAACCGCGCAAGAUGAAAAGGUUCUUGUUAGUCAAAUUAUAAACAGACUCUCCACAUCUUUCUCCAGCGAUUUUACAAAAUCCGAUCUCGGAAAUAGUUCUUCAUUGUUCGGGAGAAGAAUGGGAUUAAUGGCCAGAGUAAAAAAUCCAUCAAAUACGGCUCCUAGAGACGAAACUUGUGCCAAAGUUCGUGACGAAUCGCCCCAGAAUUCGAGCAGAGCGAGAUUAAAAAACGAGUCAAAGGAAGAACAAACUCCCGUUAAGUCUUCUUCGGCAAAAAAGUCCGUGAAACUUGGAACAAAAAGUCCCUUUUUUAAAUCUGGACUCGAUAAUUCCAUUGUCAGCAAGUCUCCCAAUUGCAAUAUUGUUUCCCGAUUCGACAGGAAGAUUCAAGAAAAAUCGCCAGUUUUCGUUAGACCGGUUCUAAAGUCUUUGGAUAAUUCCAUCGUCAGCAAAUCCCCGAAUUGCAAUAUCGGCCCGACUCUUGACCGGAAAAGGAAAUUGGCGAAGACUCCGUCUUUCGAAAGAAACGCGACACCAAAAAUGAUGAAGAAACCUCUCCAGAAAAUGAUUUCGCGAACACCCUGCGACGUGAAGAGCAAUCUUUUCAAAUCCAACUCGGAAAAGGCCGCUCUAGUCUCGAAAUCUCUCCCGAGAAAUUUUCAAAGGACGUCCACGAAAAUUCUACAAGAGAGUAAAUUGCCCGUUUUUAAGACACCGGUCAGUGUCAGUCGGGGAAUUAAAUCUGCGAGAUGUAACGAUACCGAAGAAUCGAGUGGAGUUUACAGUGAAUCGAGCAAAAUCUCGAAUUUCAAGAAUGUAGCGAUGAAAUUGGAAGACCAUUUGCCGGAGGAUUUUGAAUCUUUGUCCAAUAAUGAUGACGUUCAAAGCACACGAUUGGCGGAGAGUUUUGAUCAUGGGAUUUUAAGUUCGGUGGUGGCUGAUACAGACGAAAAGGUUUUGAGUACUUCGUUAGAAAAUGGAACUUCUCAGCAAAGUAAAGAAUCAAUAUUAGGAUUUGAUUUAAAAGCCGAAACCCUGGAAAAAUUGGACAAUGUGAAGAGUGAAUUUGAUAGUUUUGAGGACUGCAAACCUUUGAGCAAAUCUAAUCUUUCGGAUGAAUCAUCGAUAUCUACUGAUCUGAAGUUAAAUGACGAAUAUAAAGUCAAGAGGAUAGAAAAUGUUCUAGUAGGAAACAGGGAGAGUCUCGUGACAGAAGAUUUAACAGAAAGAAGCGGCUUGAAUAGACCCGGCAAUGAAUCUUUUGUGAGCAUUGAAGAAGAGUACAAGUACAAAGAUUCUGAAGAAGGCGUUACUUUAUUGGAACGCAGACUUUGUAUCACGCCUUCGCGUCUCAUGGUCAAUAAGGAGGAAUUAACUUCAUUUUAUACUUGCUCAACAGCCGAAUCUGUUUCGAGUCUUCCUCAGGAAAUGAUGCUUAUCGACAGGCAAACUCUCCGUCAGAGGCUCACGGAAAUGGGUGAAGCCCCAGGUCCAAUCACAAGCUCAACCCAUCGAGUUUAUCUAAGACGUCUGAUGAAACUCGAGAGCAAGAGGGAAAAUUUAAAAAAUGGACCAUCUCUCGACAUUUCACCAAGAAAGCCCGAUACCAGUUUUAUCAGAGCAAGUCUCCUUUCCCUCGACUGGCAGAAAGACCUCGAAUCAUACAAGGCCUGGGAAAAUAAAAUAUUCCUUGAAUUCGCAAGACCCGAUCCUUCUCGAAAAUGGCGUGAAGGAUUGACAAAAGCCUCCUUCAAUUACCUACUUCUCGAUUCGAGAAUCACCCAAGAUCUUCCAAAUAGGGCAGCCAGUCUUUCCCUGCAGGAAAGGUGGGAGACUUUUCUCUCGGCUAUUUUUUACGUUGGAAAAGGCAAGCGAUCCAGGCCUUAUGCUCACUUGUACGAUGCUUUUCAUACCUGGGUUUCCAAAGAACCGGUCGACGUCACCAAUAAGAAGAUGAAAAGAAUUCUGGAAAUUUGGAAUGAAAAGCAGGGGGUCGUUGUUUUGCAUGUUUUUCAUAAUACCAUUCCGGUCGAGGCUUACACUCGAGAAGCCGUGAUGAUUGAUGCACUGGGUGUUGAGAAAUUGGGAAAUUGUAAAAGUGGAGAAUAUUAUGGAACGGUGGCAACAUGGUCGAGCAAGGAGAAAUCCGAAUUGGGGAAAUAUUUGCUCUACAAGUCGAUGGAAAUUUUGAUGAUUGAGGGAGAAAGGCAUCUUUUUCCAGAACAUUUGUGAUCAAUUUCUCUCGAUCACGAGACUGAUUUAAUAAUCUGUUUUAAUGUCAAUGAAUUUUGCUUUUAUUUGUAAUCGAUCUCAGUCGAGAAAGACAAUUACGAUAUUCCGUAAGCUCUUGUCUCGUUUGUAAAUAUUUCCAGAGACUGAUCAGGGAUUGAAAAACAGUCAACAAAUAUUUAAAGUAUUUAAAUUUUUAUUCCUCUAAAACAAAGGUGUAAUACAUAUUAUAUUAUUUAUAGAACGCACAAUUUAUUUUGAUAUUUGCAGGGUGUCUACUCGUCGGGAAAACCUGAAAUUGUCAGGGAAUCUUUUCGAAAAUAUGCUUAAAUUUUUUAGUUUUUAAAAAAUGUUGAAUAUAAAAUGAAAUAAGAGUGUUUCUUCUUUUGUAAAAGUAGCCUUAUAUUACUGGACUUAACUAUUUUGUUGAAAAUUUGUUUUUUUGGAUUGAAAAAUGAACUAUUUUGAUAGAAAUUCAAUUUUUGGUUAUAAUGUAUAUUUU